UCGUUUCAACAUUCAUUAUUUUCGUUUGUGAACGGCUCGGUGAAUGGUAAUGCGGCUUUUCUAAAUACUAAUUUCCGUUUAUUCAAUUGUUUGCUGCUGCGUUUAUAGAAAAUGAAAGCUAGAGUUAAAAAUUGUGUUCUAAAUUAAUACAAGAGAAUUGUGAAUUUGCUGGUCGAACUUACAAUGCUACAUUAGUGAAAGAUGGACUAAAAAUCUCUGUUCUUUCGAAUUGACGCUUAGUUACGAAGAUUUUUUUGUGAAAUGUGAUGUAUUGGAAGUAAUACUAAGGAUUUCUAAGCUCUGUGUGAGCUGCAGUCAUGGCGAGCGACGAGUCCAGCGUGCGGGUGGCUGUAAGGAUCAGGCCCCAGACCCCCGCCGAGGUCCUCGAAGGCUGCGGGAUAUGCGCGCGCGCAGGUGGCGCCGCCGGCGAGGGUGGCGUAGCCCUGGGCACCGAGCGCGCCUUCUCCUUCGACUACGCUUUCGACCCUGGCGUCUGCCAGGAGGAGGUGUAUGAGACCUGCGUCAAGAAGCUGGUGGAAGCUACCUUGGAUGGAUACAACGCCACAGUACUCGCUUAUGGACAGACUGGCUCCGGCAAGACUUACACGAUGGGCAGCGGUUGGGAAGGAGAAGGUGACGGAGACGAAGAGAGACGCGGCAUCAUCCCCCGCGCCAUCAGACAUCUGUUCUCCGGCGCGGAGCAGAGGGCGGAGAUGGCCAGGUCGCAGGGGCAGCUGCCGCCGGAGCUGUCGGUGCAGGCGCAGUUCAUCGAACUGUACAAUGAGGAUAUUGUUGACCUGCUCGACCCUGCCAAGGAUCCCUUCUCGAAGGGCGCUCUCAGGAUAACAGAGGACGGUUGCGGAGGAGUGCGAGUAGUGGGUGCUUCGACGCGGACAGUGAGGGGCGUCGGGGACGCCCUGGGAGCCCUGCGCGCCGGCGCCCUGGCGCGCACCACGGCCGCUACCAAUAUGAACUCCUCGUCCUCCAGAUCACACGCAGUAUUCACCCUCAUGAUGAGAAUGCGUCGCCUCGCAGCAGACCAGGAGAUGGCGGAGCCCCAGCCGGAGGGCGAAGCGCCCGAGCAGUACGAGAUCCUCACCGCCAAGUUCCAUUUCGUAGACUUGGCCGGCUCCGAGCGUCUCAAAAGAACAGGUGCAACCGGCGAACGAGCGCGCGAGGGCAUAUCCAUCAACUGCGGUCUGCUGGCUCUCGGCAAUGUUAUAUCAGCGCUGGGAGACAAAUCCCGGAAAGUCCUCCACGUGCCGUACAGGGACUCUAAACUAACUAGACUCCUUCAGGACUCCUUGGGAGGUAACAGCAACACGGUGAUGAUAGCGUGCGUCUCCCCCAGCGACCGAGAUUUCAUGGAAACUCUAAAUACGUUGAAGUACGCGAACCGAGCGAGAAACAUAAAGAACAGGUGUAUUGUCAACCAAGAUCUGACGUCACAGACCAUCAGAGUGUUGAGGCAGGAAGUUGCUAAACUGCAGCUGGAAUUAGCAGAGUUCAAGCAGGGCAAGCGUGUGAUAUCUGAGAAUGGCGAAGAGGGCUGGAGCGAUGUUGUACAAGAAAAUGCUAUUCUGACGGGAGAAGUGGAGUCUCUCAGAAGAAGGGUCAAGGCUAUGCAGGGCACAAUCGACCAACUCUCGGCUCGAAAUAGUGAACUCUUAGCUGAGAAAGCGCUGAACAACUGGGCCCCCAAAGAUGGCAGUCCCGACACUGCUGAUUGUUCCCUUACUACCUUAGUACAGGGCUAUGUGAGUGAAAUAGAAGAACUGCGUGCGCAACUGAUGGAAGCGACUGCUUUAUACGAAGGCAGUCGGAAACGAGAAGCUUUGGCCGCUCGGGCCAGGCACGACUCCAUGGCCAACGACCCCUCUGCAGUGCUGGACGAUGCCAAGCGCGAGUUGUACAAGGAGAAAGAACUUCUAGCGCGCAGUAUGGGUGAACUAGAAUUCCAACGGAAACUAAACAUGAGCGAUAGCAUGACUACCAGUACUAUAGGAGAGAGGGAGAGGGCAGAAGGGGAAAGUGCGGAAGAUUCCGAGCCUGAGGACUCAGACUCCACCGAUUCUACUGAUGAUGAAGAGGCCACAGGUCAACGCGCGUUAUCAGCACAACUGGCAGCCCUAAGCGAAGAGAUCGAUACCAAAGCGCGUCUUAUCGAACAGUUAGAAGCUUCUCAACGACGGUUGGCAGCCCUGCGGCAACACUACGAGCAGAGAUUGGACACCCUCCACCAUCAGAUUAAGGCCACUAAUGAUGAGAAGGACAAAGUUUUAGCUUCUCUGACGAGCCAAUCAUCUCAGCCCAGUGAGAAACUCAAACGCGUUAAGGACGAGUACGAGCGGCGAGUGUCGGCGAUGUCGCGCGAACUGAAGCGGCUCCAAGCGGCGCAGCGCGAGAACACGCGGCUGCAGCGCUCGCAGCAGCUCACCGUGCAGCAGCUGCAGGCGCUGCGGGCCGAGCUGCAGAACAUGAAGCGGGACAAAGUUAAAUUAGUGCAAAAAAUGCGUGCUGAAGCGAAACGUCACGCUCAAGCCGAAGCUGCUAGGGCUAAAGAGGUGGCACAACUUCGCAAGGAAUCUAGGAAAAAUGCGAACAUCAUCAAGUCGCUGGAAGCUGAAACUAGACUUAAAGAACAGGUAUUACGUCGUAAACAAGAGGAGGUAUCGUUACUCAGAAGAGGUCAUCGUGACAAGUUGAGUAUUAGAGCAGCUGGACGUUUACAUGACCGUAACCGGCGCAACAGCCGCAACUUCCGCGAGGCGUGGAACAAGCUGGAGUGCUGGGUGUCGCGGUCGUGCGCGGCGCGCUGCACGCUGGGCGAGCUGGAGGCCGCGCUGGAGCGCCAGCUGCGACAGCGCGACCGCGCCGCGCGCGCCCUCGCCUCCGCCGCCUCCGCCGCCGCCGCCCCAGACCCCGACGCAUGUCUGCAUUUGGACUAUCUCAGAAGCGCCAUUGCGGACACUCAAGCGCAGAUCAUGCAGAUUGAGGAAGAGAACGAAGAGAGCGAAUUACCGCGAUUAUUAGAACACGUGGACACAACAGAAGCCGGGAGAUACGCACUGGAGAGGAUGGCGGCACUGACCUUGCAGCACGCGCAAGACGCCGCCAGACAUCUCAAGCUGUUACAUGACACCAGGGCUCAACUCAAAGAGAUGGAGGAGAGCACGGAGCGCGCAGCGAGCGCACUGCGCGCGGCGGACUCGCAGAGCCCGGGCGCGUGGGGCGUGUCCGCGCACGCGCUCGGCGCGCUGCUCGCGCACGUGUCCUCCGGCACCUCCACCCGCUGCGUGUCCCCCACCGACAGCUCGUUAUUGGACAGACUGCCGCCAAAUGGCGUGAGAGAAGUGAACACUGCACCUACUUCCCCGCCAGAUGACAUCGUCAACUCACCAUUCCAACGAAACACUGUCCGGCGCGGGUCCGUGCGCCUCCGCGAUUUAGGCGUGUUGCCCUCCGACGAGGACCCCAUGACGCAGUCGCUGAUGGAGCCCUCCUCCCCGCGUCCCGCGCCCCUCAGCCGCGUGCCCUCCGCGCCCGGCAGCCUCAGAGGCCUCCAGCCGCUGGGGCUGGCGUCGCCGCUGACGCCGCGUCGCGCGGCGCCCGCCAGCCCGCGGCCCGCGCGCCGCCAGCUCAGCGGCAGCAAACCCGCGCCCGCUUCCUUAGAGGCGAGUGGUGUAGUGGCGGGGACUCCCCCCGCGUCCCCGGGCGCUAUGCGACGCGCGAGAGAUGAUGACGUCUUCCUGAGGCUGGCUGGCGCCGCGCACGAGAACUCCCCGCAGGGGACCGUCAAGGAAAUGGCCGCUAAGCGAGCCGGGUGCGGCAGCGGCGUGUGGCUGCAGUGUACGCACGUGGCGGAGGGCCACGCAGGCGCGGCGUUGUCGCUGGCCGCCACUUCACACAUGUUGUACAGCGGCGGAGUCGAUCGUACAGUCCGAGGUUGGGAUCUAUCAGCGGGUCGCGAAGUGUGGCGCGGGUGGUGUGGUGGAGCUGUGUCUGCGCUGGCGGCCGGGGGGGUCGGGACUUCUGACCCGGAAGACGGACGACUUCUACUGGCGGCCGCGGGAGGGGCCGUACGCCUGUUCGACACCAGGACCAGAGCUCCGCUGACCACUUUAUGGUCUUCAGGCGCCACAGGGGCGUGCCCGGCCAGCCGCGGGGCGGGGGGCGAGGUGGCGGUCACUGCACUCGCCCUCGCCUCCCCCCCGCACCGCUUGUUCACCGCCGCCGGGGACAAGCUGAGACUGUGGGAUUUGAGAAUGUUAGAAUGUGUGUGUAAAGUGUGGUCGGGGCACGCGGCAGCUGUGAUGUGCCUGGCCCUGGGCCAAGCGGGCGCCGGCGACCUGGUGGUCACUGGCUCCAAGGACCACUACGUCAGGACACUGGAUCUGCAUACCUUAGACACAGGUGGGUGCGAGGCGAGCGGGCGACGGCUGCUGGAGCCGCCGCACUACGACGGCGUGCAGGCGCUGGCGCUGGCCGGCGACGUGCUGUACAGCGCCUCGCGCGACACCAGCAUCAAGCGCUGGGGGCUGCGGGACUACACGCUGACACACACUGCGAUGAACGCACACAAAGGCUGGGUGACGGGCGUGUGCGCCGUGGGAGCGCCCCCGGGCGCCCCCGCGCCCCCGGGCGCCCCCGCGCUGGCCUCGUGCGGCCGCGACGGCACCCUGCGCGUGUGGAGCGCCGCCCUCCGCCCGCUGGCCACCGCGCCCAUGACCGAUGCUGCGCAUGCGCUCAAGUCGCACCCCGAUCCUAGGAGAAUGACGCUGUACACUGCCGGAAACGGCGGCGAUGUGCGCGCGUGGCGGCUCGUCCGCGACCAGUGAGCUCAGCGAUGGCCGCAUCAAAUGUUACGUGCUACGCUCAGGCAGAUGACAAUCACCUGCGGGCGUGACGUCACCGCCGGCGCGGAUACCGCGCGUCAGCUCGGGAACGCCGCUUGCGUCACGCAUCAACUCGGGAACGCCGCUAGCUUCAAGCAUCAGCCCGGGGACGAUGUCAAGACUCAUAACGACGCGCGACGCGACGCCACGCAACCGCAGAGCUUGGAGGUGACAGUAUUGUCGCUCUAAAUAUGAUUCAAAUGAAAGGGACGCACGAUUUUGUGUAUUUGGAAGACGUGUUUUUGUGCGUAGGUGGAUUUAGAAGGUGGUAUAGUUAAAAUAGAAAUUGUGCAGCAAUUUUUGGCAAUUUCAUAAAUCAACUAACUAAAUACUUCUUUGAAUGGGUUUGUUAUAAUUAGGUAGUUGUUCUAAAUUUACCUAAAAUUCUGGAAUAUUUGUCAGGUGUUUGCCAUCCAAAAGACAUCACGAUAAGCUCAAAUAGUCGAUUACCUACCGUCCCAGUUAUUCAUAAUAAUAAGGGCCUUUAGGACCAAAAAGACACUAAUUUUAUUAGGUGAUCUUAAAAAUAGUGUGAUAGCAUUUUCUAAAACAUUUUAAUGAAUUAAUUGACUAGUUAUCAAACUGAUCUAAUGAGAUGCAUGAAAUGAAAAAUUACUUUUUUUUAAUGUCGAAAGAUAUUUUCAUAAUAAAAAAUAUUACUACAGUGAAAUGGAGAAAACGCCAUUAUACAGGGUUUCUGGUUGGUAUCAAACGCAAAAACAAGCAACUUUGAUUCUACGACUUUUCGUGAUUCGUAUUUUUUUUUCAUAUAAAAAAUACAAUCUAAUUUGCGAUUAUACACAUCUUAACUUUAUGUAAUAGUCAAGCAACACGAGACAGUACAGUAGCGUUAUGUAGCAUAAUCGAACAUGAAUCUAACGUUUUAUAGAAACGACAUUAGAACUAAAAAAAUGAUUUUUUUGUAUUGGUAUGUUAGUCUCUUACGCUUACGCACAACCUUCCAAAGGCUCAUAAGGUAUUCGCCUUUGGAAGGUUAUGCGUUAGAUACAGUAACCCUGUAUAAUACACAACAAAAAGACUACAUAAAGCAAUUCCUUGUAUCAAUUUUAAUAAGUAGACUGGACAUUCUUAUGGCCUAAAAUAUAAGUUAACUAUUAGCUAUUAGUGUAUCGUAGUGCAUAGAAGUAGUAACGUUAGUUAAGCAUUAAUCUUGAUGUAAUCAUGAUCACAAGUAUACUGCUAGUUCACAACAAUGGCCUUCAUAAAGAUAAUAAGUUAUGUUUCCAAAUGGAAUACAUAGGCGUAGAUAGGUAUCUUAUAAAAGAACCAUUAAAAAUUGUAUUUUGCUUGGUUUGUUAUUUUUUAUUUCAUUAUUAGUAAAGAUAUAACAUGACUCAUACCUCUCAUGUUUAUAUGUAUAUCAUAAUUUCUUUUUAUAUGAAUAUGUAAAUUAAUAUUUUAAAGCCAAUGCAUUUUGCCAAAUUCUCCGCACAAGUAUUAUAUUAACUUCAAACGAAAUACGAAGUUAUAAUGUUUCUAAGGAAAAUAUUAUUUAAAUUAAACUUAUUUAAGGCAUGUAUUUGCAAUUAUUGUAUUCCUCUAUUUAAUUAAAAUUUUAAUAUGUCCUAGAUUAGAACAUCAAUUGUAUGUAUCUGUGAUUAGGGAUUUAGAUAUUUUAAUACAUUCCUACGCUACGGGUGUGACGUAUUCAGCGUCUAGCGUUGAGUAUUACUUUUUAUACACUCAUAUACUAGAAGACAUAGAUCGAUUAUCGAAUUUAUUAUUUUCGUCAAAUAUCAAUGACGUUUAUGUGAAAAUAUAUUUGAUUUCAGUAUUUUUUUUUUAUUUAUACUCAAUACUUAGAGAUUUUUUUGUUUAGUAUUUUAAUUGUAAGAAAAUAUUUUUUAAAAGCGUCCCAUGUCGUCAUUAAAGUAAACAUUAGAGUUUGGAAAUUGAUCUCUCCUAGUUUCCCUGUAGCUGCAGAGUUGAGGCUAUGAGUAUGCUAGCUUUAUUAAAGGAUAUAUUCGUGUUGUUACUAAUAUAUGUAUAUAAUGUUAUGCUUGGCCUCUGAAACAAAGCUAUGUUUUUAUAUUUUAUUCACAUCGCUAGUAGCUAGUCAUUUUUGCUGCUGGUGGAUUAGUGUCGAGUGGUUUUUUUUUAAGAUUUAGCUCAAUAUAUUUGCGUAUAGCUAGAUCAAAUAAAGAACAAAUUAAAACUUGCGCAGUGUACAAUCAGAUCCUUUAUUAGCAAGAGGGAGAUAUACGCCCUUAGUAUCGUAUAUAUAUAGGGUCAUAGAUAAUUUUGUGUUACCUACUUUACAUCUAUAUUUUUGAUAUAUCUGUAAAUUUAAUUUAUCGAUGAGGAUAAUUUUUGUCUCUUGAAGUUAUUUUCUUGCAAGUAGUAUUACAUGAAACGAAGUUAUAGAGUUAGUAAGUAGCUCUUUAAUUGAAAUUACUUGGUUGUAGAAGAUUGGAUUGCGUAUUAUUUGCAGCUGUAUUUUUAUGAAUACCAUUUUUAUAUUUAGAUUUAAUAUUUAGUUCGAUUUUUUUUAUUGUAUGUAAUUAUUUUUUUAUUUGUAAUAAUUUCAUGAUUUUAUAUACCUAUGUAUCUAAAUGUAACUCAAUUGGUAACGAUUUUAUUUAGAAUUAUAUAAUUUUUCAACAUAUUUUAUACCUAAUGGAUUUUACCCUAAAAGCCGAAAAUGUUAAAAUAAAAGCAUAAUUUAAUUUA